UUUCGUUUUUGUGGAAUUCGCGAACGCAGAAACUGCAAACAGGGAGAAGUUGUCCAUCUCAGGUCGCCUUUUUGCUGGUCAGUCUAUGCGAGCAGAAGUCCGAUCCAAUCACUUGUACGGAGGCAACAGAAUUACGAAUGGAGUUUAUAACCCGGACGAUAUUGACUUUUUACGUAUCUUAGUCACAGGCCUGCCACCAGGCGUUAGACAGGCAGAUCUUAAAAAUGUCUUUCCCACCGCCGAAAAUAUCAGAUUGCCGAUGUCUCCACGCAAUUUUAAUUACGGGGAUUUUGGCGUUCAUGCCUCUAAUAAUCACAUUGUUUUGGGUGAUUUUAGUUAUGCCAUUCUCAAUUACGUUUCGGACGCAGUUGCUCUUGAUGCCUUCUCUCAAUGCCAUAAGAUUCUACUGGAAGGUCACCCGAUCUCCGUAAACUUCGCGUUUAAAACCCCUGAAAACAAGCUGCCUGCUAGUACUGCCACCACCUCGUCGACUAAGCCCAGCGUGCCUAUUGAGUCACAGGAUGGAACACAGCCUCCUCAGCGUGUGGGAAAUGUGGUCAUUCAGACAAUGGUAAAUGCGAAGGAUGCAGAAGAGGAUAGAUUGACUAGCACUAAGACAAGUGCUUCAUUGGAAUUAAUAAAGGACCAACAACCCCAUGUGCAGAAUUUGAGUACAAAGGAAGGGAAAAGCGAGGAUGAAGGAUCUGAAGAAAAGUCGACGUUCAUCUUCGAGAUGAUUAAACAAGCUAAACAGAUAGAUGAACGGACGACUGAAUUGAAGUCUGGCGGAAAUAAUGAAGGGCCUGAUGAUGAU